UUUAACUCCAUCUCUGUGCUAUAUACUCUAUCACAGCACUUUGCAGAUCGAUAGCCGUCGCCGUACCAAACCGCAGCUGGCCUAAGCAGCAAUGUCAGGCGCAACGCAACCCUCAGAACCGGGCGCAUCGCCGUCGUCCUCAGCGAAGCGACCGAACCAGGACUGGUUUUACUGGAACAAACUUCCUAGCAUCCGUAUCCUGAUCCCACCCAAAGGAGCCCAUUCGUACAAGACGGACGAACGCUGCUUCACAUACUGCUCGCAAUCGGCGCGCGGCCGUGCGCAAGGCCAAGAACCCUGGUGCCGCUCGAUAUGCAUUCGCAAAGUCUUCCCUCAUGAAGUUCGCAAGGUGAUGCGUAUCGUCGAGUCGACGCCGCAGGGCCUUAUGGAGAAGGAGGUCGAGGGCGAUACAAGGGUACCUUUGCCGCCAGAGGGCCAGCGGCUGCCCUCUUGGCUCACCGGCAAGCAGCGCGUGGGCGACAGCGGUGCAGACGACACGGAGGUGGAUGAUCUAGACGACUACGACCCGAUGGGGAACAAGGGCUGGAAGAACAUCGUGAACGAUGUUCAGCACGAGAGCCAGGCGAUUCGCAGCGGCGCGAAGGCGCAGGAGACCGACCCAGAGGUAUGGAAGGCGGGCUGGUAUGUGUGGUUGACGAAGAACAAGUGGGCGGUGCAGGAGAAGAUGGACGGGAUGAUGACGGACCUCGAGAGGCAGGCAGAAUGGGCAAGGAUGAAGCACGACGUCAACCAGGAGUGGGAGCGGGCGCAACAAAUGGCGGCGGUCUCUCCAGUCAGCGGAGAUGGGCACCCUCCUCACGAAGAGAAUCAUAGCCAGCCCGAGUCCCACCCUGAAUCUCACCCCGAGUCUCCUAGCCAAGGACAUGGAGACACUGCGCCGUCGGCGACGAACGUAACUUUCGUCUCUGAAGAUUCACUACCAACACUACCGAACCCACCCUUCCCUGACACAACCUCGUCAACGUUGCUAGUCCCCAUACCUCUUCCGCUACCUCCAAUCAAUACAUACCUAGCGAACCUUCUCGCACCAACGAACAAGGUCAUGAAGCUGACACACGAGAGCUUGGCAUCUGGGAGCCAAUUCAAGUUCGCCGGCAUGCUCUGGGAGAAGGCAAAGAGCGACCAGCCCUAUGUCCUGGCGCGGAAUGUCACGCGCAAAAUCUGGAGGGUGUGGACUGGCGGUGAAGAAGACGAUGGCGAAGGUCGAAGAAAGGAGCGAUGAGCAACUCAGUACUGCGGUAUGCUUCUCAGGGACUAGUUCGGAUAGAGCUUAUUUCGCAACGUGACUGUAUUCAUAUAAUAUGCUGGCUUUCGCACUGUAUCAUGGUCUUCGUAGAGUACUCUUUCGUUCAUGCUAACUACAACACAUGUUCUUGCACUUCAGAGGCGACCAACGAGAAGUGGAACGAAGUGUAUUGGGCACGUAUAGUAACACUGGACAAGGACAGGUGGUUUUGCCCGGCUCACUGUUCACUUACAUAGUGCAUAGUAAUCCCAAAACAGGCCUCUCGGCGCAGAACAGAGCGGACGAACCGCUCGAAGGAAGCAAAAAAUAAAGCAAAAUAUGGACACCGCGUCGGGCGAGAGUAAGCCCCAUUGUGUUUACGCCUUUGGCGGCGCAACCGCAUAACUGUGUCUAUGAGUAACCGUGGCUCCGCCCGCGAGGAAACACGCCCAGCAGAACAGGGACGCUCGUGUCUUCGCGUCCCCGCCGCCUUUGGGGUGAGCGCGUCCGUUGCGGGCACGACGAGUCGGCCGAGCGGGGCCCUGGGGCGAGCUCCUCCCGCGCCCGCCCGCCCACGGAGGGGGGUAGACGACAGGAGGGAGCAAAGCGCGCCCGCCCAUCCCGAUGUGGAGCGUCCGGGCCCGCCGAGCUUAGAGGCGGGGGUCUGCCGCGGACUCGGGACCGCAUGCGCGCGCUCGGCCGUCCUCCGGGGACUUUCCCCGCAGCUGAGUGCGAGACGGCGCGCGGCCGAUUUCUGUGCGUGAGCUGCGAUAGCGGUUCUUCGCCGACGCGGUGGGUUGAGGAAAAAGAAAAAUGUGCGCUUUUGGCGCUUCGUGUUGCCCGGGAGGAUUUCGGGCUCCGACCGGGCGGUGCCGGCUCCUGCUGCGGCGUCGCGUCAUGAUCAGCUGUCGCAUUCGCCAGUGGGGACCCUGAAGACUCCUUACCGCGGUCCACUGCUGGCCAUGCGAGAACGACGGGCUCAAAGCCUUGCCCAUACGCGUGCGAAAUGUCACACGAACAUUGGGGCGAACAGCAAUAGAUCCGCAACGAUCUGGCCUUGGACGAUCCUCGCCUCCGAUGUCACGCCCCAAACGCGUUGGUCGUUCGGUGAUCUCAAGAAU